CCCGCCCCCCGGCGCGGCGGAAGCGGGAGGCGGUGCCGGGAUCGGGAUCCCGGGAUGGUGCUGGAGGCGCUGCGGCCCCGGGCCGUGCGCUGGGCGCUGCUCGCCGCCUUCGCGGCCGGCGUGGCCGUGGGCUGGCAGGCGGGACGGCUCCGCCGCCGCUUCCUCCGCUGGAGGCAGCGCUACCUCCAGCGCCGCCUCGCCGCUGCCCAGGAAAAGCUGGACGCGGCCUGAGAGCCGGGAAAACGGGAUCUCCCCCCACACACACGCCCCGCCGGUGGUGGAGGCGGCGUGGGAGCGCUGCUGGGGAAGGAUAACACGCGUGGAACGGCGGGGAUGCUGGAAAAGGGCGGGAUCCGUGGAACAGCAGGGCUGUGAAAGGACGGCAACCGUGGAAUGGCAGGGCUGCUGGUAAAGGACGGCAUUCAUGGAAUACCAGGGCUGCUGGAAAAGGACAGCGUCCAUGGAAUAGCAGGGCUGCUGGAGAGGGACAGCGUCCAUGGAAUAGCAGGACUGCUGGAAAAGGACAGCAUCCGUGGAAUACCAGGGUUACUCUUCCACCCUUCAGAAGGCGGGAUCCCAAACUGUGUCCGACAGGCCUAACAAAAUACUGAGGAUACAGGAGCGAUGAUACCAGACCUGGAAAGGGCUGCCCAGGGAGGUGGUAGAGUCUCCCCAUCCCUGGAGGUGUCCAAGGAACACCUGGAUGUGACACUCGGUGCUCUGGGCUGGGUGACAACGUGGGGAUCCAGCACAGGUUGGACUCAAUGAUCCUGGAGGUGUUUUCCAACCCAAAUGAUUCUGUGGUUCUGUGAUUGCCCCAUUCCAAAGGUAGUCUGCCCUUGUCCAGCUCUGAGCCUGCUGCUCUGCCCUUGCCAGGAAGCACUGCUGACACAAUAAAGUGGCCAAAAUCAUGA